AGACUAGAGGGAGAAGAAACAAACGGGAGCUUCAGGACUAUAUAAGCCUGGGCUAUCCUCAGAAAUAAGUCAGUCAACUUUACUGUGUUAACUGAGCAGUGCCUUAACUUCCCCACCAUGAGUCUUCUGAAUUUGAGAAAAAGCAAAGGUAUCAUCGCAUGCCUGGUUAUUCUUCAAUUGUCGAUUACUGGAGCACAUCCAGUUCGUUCGUCUGGAACGGCUGAAACAAGCAACGUUGACAGUCGUUUGAUUCAACGUGUCGCUCGUAACGAUCCCGAUCGAGGCUACGAGCAGUUUGAAGAUCAAGCGGAAGUGGUAGCACCUACUGGAGCACCUUUUAGCGAGGGUGUUGUAAUGGACCAGGAAACGAGUGCCACUGAGUCAUCUGUUAUCCAAGAAGAGAUCAAUCCUUUCAUUUCCUCCGAUAGCGUUAUUUCCAAUGGACCGGAAUCUUUGGAAAUCGUAACCCCUUCGUUUCUAGACAAUCAAAAUGUCCCCGUUUGGGUGUCAGAUGCUGAGCCUAUGGAGAAGCUGGAGGAUCCUUCUACCCACCCCGAAAUAGUAGCCGAUCCUUUCUACAAUAGUCCCGCGCAUUCUCCAUCUGAAGCCCAGUGGCCACCAGCUGCACCUUCAGACUCAUCGAAUGAUGUUCCAGCGAUUCCAACAGAUUUGCCGGUUGCCAUCCAUUCUCUGUCUACCUUUGGACCCAUUUCUGAUGAGGUAGAACCUAUCCAAAAGCUAGAGGAGCCUUCUUUCGAUCCCUUGGUCGUCUUUCCACCAGUUUCAAGCGAAGCUGAACCCCUUCAAAAGCCGGAAGAUCUAUCUUUCGAUCGCACAGCAGUUCCAGUCUCGAACGAACCUGAAUUGAUUCACAAUGUUGAAACUCCUUCUAACGAGCCGUUGAACAUCAUCGCACCAAUUGUACAUGAAGAUGUUCCAAUUCCAGUUUCAAACGAACCUGAACUUAUUCACAAUGUUGAGACUCCUUCUAGCGAGCCGUUAGACGUCAUUGCACCAGUUUUACACGAAGAUGCGCCCAAUCAGAGUAUAGUAGAUCCUUCUGUCGAUUCGUUAAUCAUUACUGCCCCGGUUUCAGAUGAGACUGUGCCUAUCCACGACAAUCAUUCAGUGGAUGUUCCUUCAUUUGAUGCAUCUAUUUCAAACGAAGCUCAGCAGAAUGUAGAAGAUCCUUCUGUAAAUCCCGUUGAAGUUGCUCCAGUUUUAGUUCAGGAUGUACCCGAGAUUGAUACAAGAAUCGUUGCAGAGCCUGUUACGAACAUUGUAGCGAAUCAUCCUUCUGAAGUGGCUCAUCAAGAACCCCAAUCGCCACCUGCUGCACCUUCAGAAAUUGAUUUUCCUCCUCAAGCAGUCUUUAUUUCAACUGUUUUCCCAGCAUCACCCAUUACAGUUGCUCCCUUUAAGGCGCAGGAACCUGUCAGCCCGUCAUUGUAUUCCGUAACGAAUCCAAAGAAACCUGCAGCCAGUUAUUCAGUUACCCAUCCACCAAAGAUGGCCACAAUGGUGAAUAUUCCAAGUCCAGUAAAAACCCAGUUGAAAUCUUAUCCUGCUGGCCAGCAAUUGAAGCAGCAAUAUCCUAAACAAUCACCGGAUUAUGGUAAAAUUAAGGCCCAAUCAAACCCAAUCUCAAAUGCUUCCCCCAAUGCGCAGGCUCAAAUCAAUCAGCCCAAAUAUCAGGUGACAUCUCCUACAUCAUCACCUACCCCGGCAUAUGGACCUCCUCGUGCCACUCUUGCCACUUCGUAUGGAAACAACAAGUUCCCUACUCGCCCAUUCGGUUCUUCACCUAAACCGAGACAACUGGGCUUUCCUCCGGUAUCCAACACCCGAGAUAAUGUGCUUCUUCAAGUCAACUGGGCAGCCAACGUGGGCCGUCCUUAUCGCUCAACAUAAUUUGGAAUUUACUUCAAAAAUUUUUCUAAGGCAUUCCUCUUUCUUAUGUCUUUUUUCCAAGUUGAAAAACUUAUUUUUGCUUUACACUUAUUACACGUCCCAAUAUUUUCUGAAAGAUGACCACAACAACCCACCAGCAUGCACAGGAUGUACGUAUGUAGUAUUUCGAGUGUAGACUGUGCAAUCGGGUGAAGGAAGAUGCAAAUACCGUUCCGUCUAACGUGACGACCGCUGAGCUCUCGUCGUACUUGUAUAGUUUAAAGAAAGAAAUAUAUAUCAGCAAAAAUUUA